GUUAAAAUAAAAAAAAAAAAAAUUAAAUCACUAACAUAACUCGAUUUUGGGUUUUGUUAUGUAAUCUCCCCAAACCAAACAGUACUCUGGUUCUUCUUUUCGAUCUAAAUCCUACCCAUAUCAAUUUGAUGCCAUCGACCCCUUAGACGACAUUGAGGAUCUUGUCUGAAUUGUUUCAGUGCGAGUACAGAGCCGCCGUGACUUUUCUCUUUCACGACAUCUCUUCUCCGGUGGUGAAUUCUCUGUUUCUCUGACCCCAUAAACGGCGGAUACGCUUCAGCCCUUGUUAAUUUCAUCACGGGAUAGCAUCCUCUAGUAAUACAUUCAAAUAUCCUCGACGGCUAUAUGAAGAAGGUAAAUCUCCAUUGAAACACAGAAGCAUGAAUCACUACUGUUUCUUGUCGAGAAUUGGGAUGAUUAAAGAAGGAUUAGGUCAUGAUGUGUGGGAUGCUUUAGAGAAAUCAUCUAUUGGAGUGUUUCUAAAGUUAGUUGACGUCUCAUACACAUGGGCUGCAAAGAAGGUUCACUUAUUCCUCAUAAAUCAGCUACGAGUAGACAACUUCAAAGAGAUUUGGUCUUUGAUAGAUGUUGAUCACCGUGAGUUUAGGGAAGCAAUGAAUGUAGGAACCUCAGAUGGUCCUAAUUUUACCGAGUUGCAGUCAGUUAUUGAUCUUAGCAAGGCAUGGGGGUUGAAAGAGAGACUGAUAGUUGGUAGGCUUUGUUUGCUAUCUGUUGCAAUUCAUGGUAUACAUCACGGAUCUAAAAUCCCUUUGUCUAGUGCUAGAAGAGUUCUUGAUCCGGUGGGUUUUGAGAGAUAUCCAUGGGGUCGUGUUGCUUUCGAAAGUCUAAUAAACUCGGUGAAGAUUGUUGACUACGACAAAGACUCAUAUGUUAUUCAAAGAUGCGUUCACGCAUUAGUGAUUUGGAUUUAUGAGAGUGUCCCAGGAUUAGGAGAGAUUUAUGGGAUGAAAAGGGAUAUAUUGACAUGUAUACCACUACUUGAUUGGAAUUCAUCUCGAAAAAGUAUCAAGUUAAAAGACUUCAUCAAAAAGGAAAAGGCGGAGCACGGCCAUGUGCGUGUUAGACACAUGAUACCUGUGUCACAAGACAAUAUGUAUCCUACAUGGAGAGAUGUGGAACAAAAUGCAAAAAAGGAUCCAUUGCUAGACAACUUGAUAAUUGAUAUUAUCAAUGACCGUCUGCCUUUAAAUGCUUGGGAAGGUGGGCAAGCAGUUGUUGUGGCAAAUAAGAAAAGAAGAGUUGAAGUGCAAGAUGAUCUGGACAUUAGUACCAUGCGCAAUAAAAAGAAAAAGAAAGUGACUGACUUUAUUGAAGAGAAAGACGAAGAAAUCUCUAAAAAGAAGAAGGAUACAUUGAAAGAAGACCUCGAGAAAAGAAGUGUCUUAGAUGUGCAACUGAGUAAUAGGAUUGAAGAAGUGGAGAAAGAUUUGAAAGAAAUGAAAGAGUCGAAACCCGAUGCUGCUACUUCUAGAAACGAUGAAGAUGAUGAGGCUAAUAGUAGAGCACCUUUUUGGAUAGUAGAGGAUUCGCUUGCUAAAAACAGAUACUUAAAUCUUUGA